AUGAAACCAUAUGGUGGGACACAUCCAAAGGGUUCAUCGAAGAGAACAUUUAAUUACCGAUUAAGUAGAGCUAGAAGGAUUGUUGAGAACGUAUUUGGAAUUAUAUCGUCUGUGUUCAGAGUUUUAAGAAAACCAAUGCUUUUACAGCCUGAUAAUGCUGAAUUGGUAGUUAUGGCAAUCGUUCUUCUACAUAAUUAUUUGAAACGUCAUUCUAGAAAUGUGUUCAUAACUCCAGGAUUAGUUGAUCAGGAGGAAGAAGGAAUUUUAAAUGAAGGUUCAUGGAGGCGAAAUAAUGACGACAUGACAUCAUUACUGCCCAUAAGAAAUAUUCCCAGACGAUCACCUGCACAUCUAAAUGCUAUCAGAGAUGAAUUGGCUGAUUAUUUUACGAAAGAAGGAAAGGUUUCUUGGCAAGACAGAUGUUCAUAG